AUGUCGCGAAAAAUUUCAAAGGAGUCAAAAAAAGUCAACAUCUCUAGUUCUCUGGAAUCUGAAGAUAUUAGCUUAGAAACAACAAUUCCUACAGAUGAUAUUUCUUCAUCAGAAGAGCAAGAGGGUAGAGUCAAAAUCACCAGGCAGCUAAUUGAACGAAAAGAGCUACUUCAUAAUAUUCAGUUACUGAAAAUAGAGCUAUCCCAGAAAAAUAUGAUGAUCGAUAAUUUGAAAGUGGAUUAUCUUACAAAGAUUGAAGAAUUGGAGGAGAAACUUAAUGACGCACUUCACCAGAAACAGGUACUGACAUUGAGAUUAGACAACCAAUUGACUUUUCAACAGAAAGAUGCCAGAUUGAAUGAUGCUGCUGAGAGGGCAAUUCGGUUCUAUGAACUAGUGAAUCCAUUAAGAAAGGAAAUCUGUGAACUACAACUGAAAAAGAAUGAUCUAGCAGAAGAAUUAAGCACAAACAAAGACCAACUGAAGCAACUGACAGAGACAUAUGAAGAAGAUCGAAGAAACUACUCUGAACUUCAAAUUAGAUGUCAACGUUUGGCGUUAGAAUUAGCAGACACAAAACAAUUAAUUCAGCAAGGUGAUUACCAUCAAGAGAACUAUGGUAAAGUCAAGAGUGAACGUGAUGCACUUGAACAGGAAGUAACUGAGAUUAGGAGAAAGCAUGAAAUACUUGAAGCUUCUCAUAUAACUCAAGCUAAAGAAAGAAGUGAAUUAUCAAAAGAGGUAACCACCUUACAGCAGACUGUUACUUUGCUGCAAAAGGAUAAAGAAUAUCUCAGUCGCCAAAACAUGGAGCUUAGUGUUCGCUGUGCCCAUGAAGAGGAUCGCCUUGAAAGACUUCAGGCUCAACUUGAAGAAACCAAAAAGGCUAGAGAAGAGAUGUAUGAAAAAUAUGUAACAUCCAGAGACCAUUAUAAAACAGAAUAUGAAAAUAAACUACAUGAGGAACUAGAAAAAAUCAGAUUGAAAACUAAUCAAGAAAUUGAUCAACUUCGAAGUGCCUCUAGGGAAAUGUAUGAACGGGAAAACAGAAAUCUCCGAGAAGCAAGGGAUAAUGCUAUAGCUGAAAAGGACCGAGCAGUGGUGGCUGAAAAGGAUGCUUUAGAAAAACAUAAUCAGCUCCUAGACAGGUACAGAGAACUACAACUUAGUACAGAAAGCAAAGUAACAGAAUUUCUCCAUCAAAGUAAAUUAAAAUCCUUUGAAAGUGAGCGUGUUCAGCUUCUACAAGAGGAAACUGCAAGAAAUCUCACACAGUGUCAAUUGGAGUGUGAAAAGUAUCAGAAAAAAUUGGAGGUACGUGUACAAGCUUUUUUUCCCAAGAGUAGCAUAGCAAUUGAAAAUGAAGAUGAGGCUGAAAGGGUUCUUUUUUCCUAUGGGUAUGGUGCUAAUGUUCCCACAACAGCCAAAAGACGACUAAAGCAAAGUGUUCACUUGGCAAGAAGAGUGCUUCAGUUAGAAAAACAAAACUCGUUGAUUUUAAAAGACCUGGAACAUCAAAAGAACCAAGUAACACAGCUUUCCCAAGAGCUUGACAGGGCCAAUUCGCUAUUAGACCAGACUCAGCAGCCUUACAGAUAUCUCAUUGAAUCAGUGCGUCAGAGAGAUUCUAAGAUUGAUUCAUUGAUGGAGUGUAUUUCACAGCUUGAGAAAGAUGUCAGCAAUUUAAAUAAAGAAAAGUCAGCUUUACUACAGAUGAAGAAUCAAAUGUCACUAGAUUUAGAACAACUUUUAAAUCAUCGUGAGGAAUUGGCAGCAAUGAAACAGAUUCUCGUUAACAUGCGUAGUAAACAUUCUGAGAACAGCUUACUUCUUACUAAAACGGAAUCAAAAAAUGUGACAGAAAAGCAGAAAUCAAAGACUUUGAAUGUGCCUAGAGAACAUGAAGACAAC